UCAAUAAAUCACAUAUCAACGUUAUACUUAAUAUUUUAUACAAAAUAUUUAAAAUGGCUUUAACAAAAGAAGAGAAAAGGGCAAAAAAGGAAGCCAAAAGACUAGAGAAAUUAAGAGCAGAGGCUGAAGAAAGGAAGAGACUAAAAAAUGAAGAACUUAAAAGAGAAAUGGUGGCGCAGGCUCGGAGACGAGGGGAAUUGGAUAAAAAAUGGAGAGGCCUGAUGCUUAAAAUUAAAGAACCCGUCUUCAAACAAGACAUCGAAGUCUUUUGGCACAGUUUUGAUAGAACUAUGGACAAGAAAAACUAUUAUAUCAAUAACAUAAUGAAACUGAUAAAUUUGGCGGAUGAUCAGUUCCAGCGCACCGUAGCUAGUUUUUGUGACAACAUAGACACUAUGAUUUUAAACUUUUUAACUGGUAUCGAAAAUAUAUCUGAAGAAAAUGAUCGCAGAACUGCUGCUUUACUUAAGAUGGGUGAAACAGAAUCGAACCAAAUUAAAACAGAUCACAAUGCAGCAGAGACUCACUUACAGUUAUUGAUUUUCCACGGACACACCACAGCAGAUACUCUCGCUUGGACAACACGUGGUGAAAACUUGGUAAAAGAAGAUGAGGAUCGAAACAAAUAUGCAAGCGAACGAGAAAAUCUUCGUUCUCAUCUCGAGAAUUCGUAUAACACCAUGUGGGAUGAUUACAAGGCUGUUCUAAAAAACUACGUCUUGAAAACAGCUGCCAAUCAGAAAGCAGUGCGAAAAUUACGUCGAAAAGAAAACUUGAUGGCAGACAUUAUUGCAUCGCAAGCUAAAAAAAUAGCUGACAGUGAUGGCUUACUGAAAAAGCUUCGAAAUGAACUUUCUUUACUGUUUUGUCUCCAUUAGUUAUUAUGUCUGACUUUAUGACGU